UCACUCAAAGCGCGUUGAGCACCGCCAAGGGGCCGGUGUAGCUGGCGUAGCUGGUGCUAGAGCAUGGGCAUGGGCAUUAGCAUGUGUCGUACUCGCGUGGGCCCAAUCAUUUGAGAAUACACACUGGGCCCACACAUUGGGCCCACACACUGGGCCCACACAUUUGAGAAUACCAUUUGAGAAUACACUGGCGCUGCACAUAUGCGUGGUGCCCGGCUCAGUUACCCCGGCCAAUCGGACGCGGAGCGUCACCACUGCCCUGCCUACUGCCAUGAACAAGGCGGUGGCAGGGCUGCCGGGUGCGCUAUUCGGCGUGUUCGCAGUUGAGCUGGGCUCCGGGCUGAACAUGUGCCACCACGGCCAGUAUGCAUACGCGUUUGAGCUGCGGUCGAUCGACAAGGUGGCAGAGGAGAAGGCGGCAUGUUCCGCUGCCCCGCUGCACCUGCCUCGCUGACCCUGCAACCACCCCAACACCCUGCGCGCCGGGCUCGACCUGACAGCAUGCAGCAGGCCGCCAAUAAUGCGAAGUACAAUGCGUGUCUGCGCUGGGCAAGGCAAGGCGGAGGCGGAGUUGAAGAAGGCUAAGGAAUGUGUAGAAUGUGGGCAAGGUGGAGGGCACCUGGCAUCCCAGGUUUUUUGUAAAGAAGAGACUCU